AUGCACGAGCGGCAGCCUCGAGCACAGCCGAGUUCCCGGCCACCGAGGAUCCAUGCCUUGUCCCUCAAAGUUCAGCAAACAUGCCUCGUGGAGGGCACAUCCCACGCUCGAGUUGACGAGACUAGGCUUCGAGGCGAGAUCGUAGCGUGGGUCCCCAGUUCCCCUUCCCACACCAAGCGCCCCGUCUCUACUUUAGGGGAAGCGGAGGACUGGAAGCGAGCCUCGCUUAUUCGACGACCAGGGCGUGCUCGCAGGCGCAUUGCGGAGACAGCGAGUCAGGAGGCGACCUCGGCUCCAGAACUUUGGAACGAGGCAUAUUGCCGCUUCCCCGCGGGCAAGAAGUCCACGAAUAUGCCCGAGGCCCCAACUCCGUGCCUUCUCUCUCCUGACAUCGACACCGCCGCCGGAAAGCGUCCCGGUGACGAAAUAUAG